AAGCACCGGUGGAUGAGAUAAUUAUAUGCCUCAAAUUAACAAAUGGCAAAUGAAGAUUCUGUAACGAUUUCUAUUAAUAAAAAGGUUAUAGAUGAAUCCCCUAUAUUGUCUAAUUGUUACAUUUUCAAAGUGCCAAAAGAAUUAAAAAGCGUGAAUGAAGAGGCAUAUGAACCGCAAUUAAUUGCCAUUGGUCCUUAUCACCAUGGAAAAAAUCAUUUACUUGCAAUGGAAAAUCACAAAAUACAGUACCUUCAAAGCUUCCUUAAACGAAGUGCACAAGAUAUAUCAAGGUAUGUGCAAAUCAUAAGAAAUUUAGAAGAAAGGGCUCGUAAAUGUUAUACAGAGCCUUUAAGCUUUACCUCUGAUGAAUUCAUAGAAAUGAUGCUUAUUGAUGGUUGCUUUCUCAUUGAGCUUAUGUGCAAAAUUACGUGGGAAAAUGAUAGUAUACUGUUUGAAGAUCCUAUUCUUGGGUUUGACCAUAUGUUGAUUAGAUUAAGACUAGACUUGUUAUUGGUUGAAAAUCAACUUCCAUUCUUCAUACUUGGGGAGUUGCUUGUCACGAGCAACUUGAUUCCAAACCUAGAAAGCAGAUUCAGUGGAGUGAUGGAAGAAGUCUGGACAUAUAAAGGUUUUCUACCACGUCCAGCGCGUCUGUACAGGUCAAUACAGUUGACGGAAAUCAAGCAUUUACUGGAAUUAGAACAUGGCAACUACCAACCUUCCCCUGAAAGAAUAGAGGUUUAUGAGAAAAAGAGAACUAAAAACGGAAGAAUCACACGUUGUGCCAUAGAGCUCAGAGAGGCCGGAAUUAAGUUUAAAAGUAUUGAGACACAUAAUUUGUUUGCUAUAAGUUUUGUAAACGGUGUAAUUGAAAUCCCAAAAAUAGAAAUUACAGAUUUUACAGAAUGUGUGUUGCGAAAUCUCGUAGCCUACGAGCAGCUUCCUUUUGGAAGUCCAAAAUACUUCUCUGAAUAUGUAGGAAUCAUGAAUAGCCUCAUCGAUUCUGCAAAGGAUGUGGAGCUGCUUUGUCGGAAGGGGAUCAUUGAUAACUGGAUGGGUGAUGAUGAAACCGUUGCUAUUCUAUUCAACAACCUUGGGAAACAUGUCUUCUACGAAAGGGCUCUCUAUCCGGAUAUAGUGAAUAAUGUAAACGAGCAUUACAAGAAACGAAGCAAUCUGUGGAUGGCCAAGUUGAGGCACGAUUAUUUUCAAAGCCCAUGAUCUUUCAUUUCUGUUUUGGCUGCUAUCAUACUGCUCCUUCUCAUCUUAACUCAGACUGUUUAUUCAGUUUUUCCUCAUUAUAAGUAAAUUGUCAAUGUUUGUUGUUUAUUUUGUUGCUGCAUUUGUAAUAUUUCUUCCUUGAAUAAGGCAUAUAUACGGUUGCAC